UUUCGAUUCAGGAAACAAAGCCCAAAAUUCGAUCCAUCACCAAACCCUCCAGGGACGAAUUUUGAUAACUUAAUUGUAUUCUCUUUUAGUUGUAGUUAACAAUUGAAUUCUAGUUAGUGUUCCACUACUGUCUAACUAACAAGUUUGUAGUAAUCAUUGCUUCAAUCGAUCUUCAAUUGGCUGAUUUGUUCCCGUUUUGUGAAUUAAUCACGUUUCUGUCCUAUUAAACUCUGAUCCCCCCACCGUGCGUAAGAGGACCUUUUUUUCAACUUUUUUGGUAAUAAGUAUCAACAGUUUUUUAUUCAAUUUCUGCUAAUUCAUUAACAUGUCUGGAUCCAAAAAGCAUAUUAGAACUCAAUCGGCUUGGGCCUUUGAUACGGCAACUACGACCGUAGCCGCCUCCCAAAUGCGUAAUGCCUUAAACAAUUUGGCUGAUACCGUUGAAAAUCCAGAUGAACAAAGUAGAUUUGAGAAUGAAAUGGAUUCAUUUUUUGCUUUAUUUAGAAGAUAUUUAACUGAUAAAGCAGCCGGUACAACUUUAGAUUGGGAAAAGAUUAAAUCUCCAACUCCAAGUGAAGUUGUUGAAUAUACUAAAUUAGAAGAUGCCGAUAAAGAUGCCACUAAUUUAUCUAAAUUAGCUGUUUUAAAAUUAAAUGGUGGUUUAGGAACUUCAAUGGGUUGUGUUGGACCAAAAUCAGUUAUUGAAGUUAGAGAUGGUAAUACCUUUUUAGAUUUAAGUGUUAGACAAAUUGAACAUUUAAAUCGUAAUUAUGAUGCUGAUGUUCCAUUAUUAUUAAUGAAUUCUUUUAAUACUGAUAAUGAUACUGCUAAAAUCAUUAAAAAGUAUCAAGGUCAUAGAAUUAGAAUUAAAACUUUUAAUCAAUCAAGAUUCCCAAGAAUUUAUAGAGAUUCUUUAUUACCAGUUCCAACUUCAUAUGAUGAUGAAGUUGAAUCUUGGUAUCCACCAGGUCAUGGUGAUUUAUUUGAAUCUUUAGUUCAAUCUGGUGAAUUAGAUUCAUUAUUAGCUCAAGGUAGAGAAAUUCUUUUUGUUUCUAAUGGUGAUAAUUUAGGUGCAACUGUUGAUGUUAAAAUCUUAAAUCAUAUGAUUGAAACUGGUGCAGAAUAUAUUAUGGAAUUAACUGAUAAAACCAGAGCUGAUGUUAAAGGUGGUACUUUAAUUAAUUAUGAAGGUCAAGUUAGAUUAUUAGAAAUUGCUCAAGUUCCAAAGGAACAUGUUGAAGAAUUUAAGAGUAUUAAGAAAUUUAAAUAUUUCAAUACUAAUAAUUUAUGGAUUAAUUUAAGAGCUAUUAAGAAUUUAGUUGAACAAAAUGCCAUUGAAGCAGAAAUUAUUCCAAAUCAAAAGACUGUUAAUGUUGGAUCAUCUGAAGUUAAUGUUUUACAAUUAGAAACUGCUGUUGGUGCUGCCAUUAGACAUUUUAAUGGUGCUCAUGGUGUUGUUGUUCCAAGAUCAAGAUUCUUACCUGUUAAAACAUGUUCUGAUUUAUUAUUAGUUAAAUCUGAUUUAUUCUAUUUAGAACAUGGAGCUUUGAAAUUAGAUCCAACUAGAGAUGGAUUCUCUAAUCCAUUAAUUAAAUUAGGAUCUCAUUUUAAGAAAGUUAGUGGUUUCCAAUCGAGAAUUCCUCAUAUGCCAAAAAUCUUGGAAUUAGAUCACUUAACUAUAACAGGGAAUGUUAAUUUAGGUAGAGGUGUUACUUUGAAAGGUACAGUUAUUAUUGUUUGUAAUGAUGGUCAAAGAAUUGAUGUUCCUAAUGGUUCCAUCUUAGAAAAUGUUGUGGUUACUGGUAACUUGACCAUUUUGGAACAUUAGUUUCAAUCUAUAUGAAGUAAUUUCCCUUAUAAAAAAAAAAGAAAUCAAUGUUAAUAAUUCAAUAGUUCAGUUUUAGCUAUUUUAAGUACUUACUAGUUAUUAAUCUUCUUACUGUCAAUAUUACAUAUUAGUUAGUAUAUUAGUUUAGUGAAUGUAAAAUGUAUCUUCAC